AAAAAAAAAAAUCUCCUUAUAGUAGAGUCUAUUAGUAGUCAAAGCUUCAACGACUUAUAUUAGUCCCUUCAUCUUUUCCACUGAAAGAAGAAAGAAACAUGGACAAAAAGCUAAAGACCACCACCAUUAGUCCACAACCGCAACCACCAAAGCUUUGGCUUAACCACAUGAAGACAUUUUUUGAUGUUCCUAACCCGAGAAUCGUUCGAAUCUUUUUUAUAAGCAGUUUUGCCACAUUUUUCUCUGGAAUCGCUUUUGCUUUUGAAUGGACAUUUCACGGCAAGAACCAUAGCGGAUUCCAAUGGAUCAUCUACUACGCCUUGUCACUGAUCAUUCUUCCUAUUCUCAUCUGGCUAGGUCUCGGUAUUGUCAUGAUUGUUUCGUCAAGCCACGGAUCAAUGCAAGUUGCUAGCGUAGCGGUGGAAGAAGAACAGUGUGUCAACAGUUUUGCCGAGGAUAGUGGGAAUGAAGAAACUAAAGAAAACAAUUGUGAGAGUUUGGCGAUUGUGGUUGAUUCAGAUAAAAAAAAGUGCACCGAUAAAGUAUUUGAGAAUAAAACGGCAAAGCUAAAACGCACAGUUUCAUUCCCAUUGCAUAGCCAUGUGCGAUCAUGUCGGACUAGCUAAAUGCCUAAAUGUAAAAAUAGGCAAAAUUCAGUUCUCUCUAAUUCCUGGAAUUUACCACGUGUCAUGGUGAUCCUAUUAAUGAGAAUAAUAUAAUUGGGUCCCAUAAAUAAGUGAAUUUGUCAUCUAACAAAAACCACGUGGUACGAUCGGCGGAAUUGUCGCCAAGCUUAGUUUGGUUUUGAAAUUGAAGAUAAGCUAGAUAUGUGGGGUCCGCUUCGUCUUAUUCAUAUGUGGGAGACGAAUACUGUAUCUUUUUUUUGUGUGUUUAAAAUUAGCCUACAAUUUUAAUUGUUAAUGUGUUCUACUAAUUCAUAGGAGAUUUUAGUUACAUUUCACUUCUGUUCUGUGUAUAUAGUUAUAUAU